ACUUCUUUAUAUCAUCAAAUUCACAUGAACACUACAAUAUUACAUCUCCACCUCCCAAUCUUCCUCUAAAAAUUUCCACUUAAAAAUUUCUUUUUAUCCAAAUCUAACCCAUAAUUUGCUUGCAAGAACCAUAAAGGUCCAAUCUUGGCAAACAAUGAAGAAGCAAAAGCAAAUUUCACAAUCCAAUUACAACCCAUUUGAUUUUCUAUCCGAAGAAAUUGUCUUUUCAAUUCUUGAUUAUCUUAGUGACAACCAAUUUGACAAAAAAUCAUUCUCACUUGUUUGUAAAUCAUUUUUUGCUAUUGAAUCCUACCAUAGGAAAACCUUGAAACCAUUUAGGCCAGAACACUUAACAAAGAUUCUUAACAGAUACCCACAAAUUACCAAUCUUGAUCUUUCCCUUUGUCCAAGAAUUACAGAUGGAACACUAACAGUUAUAGCUAGUUUAUGUAAAGAAAUGUUGAGGUCAAUUAAUCUUUCAAAGUCUAAGUUUUUUACCCAUGUGGGAUUGUCUAAUUUAGUGAUGAAUUGUGGGAAUUUGGUUGAGAUUGAUUUGUCAAAUGCUACUGAGUUGAAGGAUGUGGGUGCUGCUGCAUUAGCUGAGGCAAGGAAUUUGGAGAGGUUGUGGUUGGUGAGGUGUAAGUCUAUAACUGAUAUUGGACUUGGGUGUAUUGCUGUUGGAUGUAGAAAGUUGAGGUUGAUUAGUUUGAGAUGGUGUUUGGGUGUUGGUGAUCUUGGUGUUGGUUUGAUUGCUGUUAAGUGUAAGGAGAUUCGUAGUUUGGAUCUUUCUUAUCUGCCGAUCACUAAUGAAUGCUUAUCAUCAAUCUCAAAACUGCAAUAUCUUGAAGAUUUGGUUCUAGAAGGUUGUUAUGGAAUUGAUGAUGACAGCCUUGCAUCCCUCGAGCAAGGCUGCAAGUCACUGGAGAAACUUGAUAUGUCAAGCUGUCAGAAUGUUAGUCAUGUGGGUUUGUCAUCUCUCACCAGCUGCGCUGGAUGUCUGCGGCAACUUAUAUUAGCAUAUGGUUCUCCAGUAACACCAGCUGUCGCAGAUAGCUUGCAGAAGCUUUCCAGGUUGCAAUCCGUUAAACUAGAUGGUUGCCAAGUUACGUGCUCUGGACUGCAGGCUAUUGGAAAUUGGUGUGUUUCACUUAAAGAACUGAGCUUAAGUAAAUGUCUGGGAGUGACAGAUGAAGGUCUCUGCUCCCUCGUAACAAAGCAUAAAGAUUUGAGGAAGCUUGAUAUUACUUGUUGCCGCAAGAUAACUCACGUAUCAAUUUCCCAUAUAAUGAAUUCCUGUGCCCUCCUUACAUCUCUCAGGAUGGAGUCUUGUACUCUCGUCCCAAGAGAAGCUUUUGUUCUAAUUGGACAGCGCUGUCAGUACCUUGAAGAGCUUGACCUUACAGACAACGAAAUUGAUGAUGAAGGGCUGAAGUCUAUUUCCAAGUGUGUCAGCCUUUCCAGCUUAAAGUUAGGGAUCUGCCUGAAUAUAACCGAUCAGGGUCUUAUCCACCUUGGCAUGUCCUGCGUAAAUCUUAAGGAGCUUGACUUGUAUAGGUCUGCUGGAAUUUCCGACUUGGGACUAUUAGCAAUUACUCGUGGUUGUACUGGCCUUGAAAUGAUCAAUAUUGCCUAUUGCAAUCAGAUUACCGAUGGCUCGUUCAUAUCUAUAUCAAAGUGCUCAAAGUUAAAUACACUCGAAAGUCGGGGUUGUCCUUUUGUCACAUCUUUAGGUCUUGCAGCUGUUGCUGUGGGAUGUAAGCAACUUACCACACUAGACAUCAAAAAGUGCCAGAACAUUGAUGAUGCCGGAAUGAUUCCACUUGCUCACUUCUCGCCAAAUCUCAAGCAGAUAAAUUUAUCCUACACUUCAGUGACCGACGUGGGGCUGUUGUCUCUUGCCAGCAUCAGCGGUCUACAGAACAUGACAAUCCUGCACCUCAAGGGUUUAUCUCCUGGUGGACUAGGAGCUGCACUGUUGGCUUGCGGCGGACUUACUAAAGUUAAGCUGCAGACAUCAUUUAAAUCAUUGUUACCACAACCUCUUCUUCAACAUUUAGAAGCCCGAGGUUGUGUCUUCCAAUGGAGAGAGAAACCAUUUCAGGCCGAAGUAGAUCCAACAUGCUGGAAAAUUCAGCUGGACGAUUUAGAGUGAAGAUUCAAGGCGUCUGCUUGAGCCAUUUAUGCCAGUGUCCUAUGGUGAAAUCGAUCGUCGGCCCAAAGCCUCGGGGGUCAUUACUUCAUCUGCGAGCACUUCAUCAGGCAAGGUGCAUUGUUUAUGGUGACCGUUUUCCCUGUUUAGUGUGUGCAACUUGUCCGUCUAUAUUCGCUAAUUGCUUCGUAAAUUCCAAGACACAAACUCGUCGGCCAUUCAGCAUUUACCUGGCAUAAAAUCAAUUUUGUCAAAAAUGUUUGUGUGACUAUUAAACAGAUCGAAAAAGCAUGUUUAUACUUUGAUUUGAGCUCUAUAGUUGGUUUGCGAAUGUC